AAAAUUCAUUCCAUCCACUUGCUUUGUAAAUGUCGAAGGGAAGAACCAUGAAAAAUUGAAAACACCAUGAAAGUAAGUUGAAAACAUUGGGAAAGAGGGCAAAAAAUAAUCGUCAUAGCUGUUUUUAAUAAAUGGAGGGUGUUGCUAACGACAGAUGUGUCGUUAGUGACACUGGUAAUGAUAAUGGCGCAGUACUUGAUUUGGUGAAGCAUGGAGGUGACAGCAGCCGACGACAUGGAGCUGAGUACGAAGAGGAUGGUGCGGCGUUGCAGGCGUUGUUGAAAGGGCUAAGUAUAAAAAUUUUGCCUUUAAAAGAAAAAUGGGUAAGUUAGGGUUUACUCAGAGCACCCACAAAUUGAGAAAUUGUUGUUGAUUGCCCUGUGGAACCAAUAUAGGAAUCAGAUGACCAUGAAAAUAGGAAUAAGAAUGUGGUAAUUUAUAUGGAAUUAUUGUUUAAUUCAUGCUGAAUUACAAUUUGAGUAAUUAUUUACUGUGAAUUAUUGUGUGUAUUAGAUGUUUAAUUAGAAUUCUAGUAAAUAUGUUAAAUGAAAUGUAUAUGUAAGAGUAGGAGACUGAAAUUUGUGAAAUGGUGGCUAAAGUAUGAAAUAGGGGGAAAUUUUAGUUAAUGUUACUAUUUACCAGGGAAUUAGUUGUUGUAUGUGUUUUCAUUGAUGAAAUGUGGUUGUUGGUGCAUUCAGUUAGUUGAUAAAUGUUUGGUGAACAAUGAAAAGUUGUUGGUUUUGCUUAGUUUUCAUGUUAUUUGGUUAUGGUUAUUGUUUUUGUUUUUGUUUUUUAUCCAAGGUUGUGAUUGGUGAAGAGUCUUAUAAGACUCCAAAAAAAGGCUUUAGUAGUGUGGCUAUUUCAGUUGAGAUAGAAGAGUAUGUUGAAGUGGAUGUUGGUCUUCCUCCUCCUGCAUUUGGAAUGGUUUUUCAGUCAUGGCAGGAACUUGAUGAAUAUUUUAGGGAAUACGGGAAACAAAAUGGAUUUGGGGUAGUUCGUACUAGUGCUUGCAAAGUAGGAAAAGGCCCUAAUGCAAAAAUGAGAAGGAAUUGUUUGUGGACAUGUGAGUGCUAUGGGUUGCCUGAUAGGAAGCGUACGAAGGUGGAGGAGAGUUUAGUGACUGAUGCUCAAAUUGUUGAGGAGGAGGAGUGCGCUGUGAAGAGGGGGAGUAAGAAAGUUGAAUGUCCAGUGAAUAUAUAUGCUAAUGUUAAUGAACGUGGCGAAUGGGUUAUUCAGAGGGUGAACCUUGAGCAUGGUGGACACACCCCCACUCCAGGCAAGGCUAAGAAUAUAAGUAGGUUGAGGAAAAAGUUUCUGGUGGAGAAUCCUCAUGUUGUCAGGCAGCUUUUCAAUGACAGGAGGUUCGGGGUUCCCGUGUCACAAAUCUAUAAUUGUAUGGCUAGGGACCGUAAUAGGUUGGAGAACAUGCCCUUUGCUCAGAAGGAUCUUCAUGAAGAAGUGGCAAAGCAGAAGAAAAAAAUAUUUGAUGAAGGUGAUGCUAAAGCAAUGUUUGCUUAUUUCCAGACAAUGGUUGAAGAUAACUCAAAUUUUUUCUACACCUAUCGAGUAGACAAAGAGGGUAGGUUGAAGGAUGUACUUUGGGUAGAUGUAAGGAGUCGGGCUGUCUAUGAAGAGUUUGGCGAUGUAGUGUGUUUUGAUUUCACCUACUUGACUAAUGAAUAUAAGCUACUGUUUUGCAACUUUGUUGAAGUGAACCAUCAUGGUCAAACUAUUCUAUUUAGGUGUGCGCUUGUUAGUAGGGAGACUGCUGAAACAUUUGAGUGGGUAUAUAGCAAUUGGUUGAGGUGUAUGGAAAACAAAACCCCUCUUGCAAUACUUACCGAUUAAGACCUUGACACGAGGAAAGCUCUGAAGGCCACAAUGAAAGGCGCCACACACAGAUGGUGUAUUUGGCACAUCCUGCAAAAAUUUUCAACAAGGUUAGGAAAGCAUUCUAACUACCCCGAGUUGAAGGAAGACCUUGAUAGUGUUGUGUAUGAUAGUUUGGAUUGUGAAGAGUUCGAAAGACGGUGGCCAGAAGUGAUCAAGAAACACAAAGUUGAAACGGACUACUGGCUGGAAGGCCUGUUUAUCGAACGUCAUAUAUGGGUACCUGCGUUCGUGAAGCAUAUGUUUUGGGUCGGCAUGAGAACAACCCAGAGGAUUGAGAGUAUACAUAGCUUUUUUUAUGGUUAUUUAAGGAAGCACACACUGCUUAGUGAAUUUGUGGAGAGAUAUUGUGAAGCGUUGGAGGUUAGAGCUAUUAGUGAGAAACGAGCCGAUGAUAAUAAUUCUAGAUUUGUUAGGCAACCCACGACAGCGUUCCCUGCCGAGUCUGUUUUACGGAAAAUCUACACAGAUGCCAAAUUUAAAGAGGUACAAAGGGAGUGCAGUAGGAUGCUAUAUGUGACCAAUUUGGACAAGAGGCAAAUAUCUGAUACACUGAAUGAACACUCACUUGAGGAUUAUGUUUGGUACAAACCAAAGAACUCAAGGAAAGAAGUACCGUCGAAGAGGAAAUGGGUGUACACAAGGUUACGUGCAAUAGCAGCACCAAAGAAGCAAAUUGUGAAUGCAGGUACUUUGACUGCCAUGGCAUCAUCUGUCGGCAUAUGAUUAUGGUGUAUCAAAUGAACGACUGUGGAGAAAUUCCUGAGAAUUACAUAUUACGUCAGUGGAGGAAAGAUGUUAUUAGGAAGCACACUAGGAUGAAAGUUAAGUACCAUGAUCCAAACAAGACGGAGGUGGUCUGUAGGUUUGAUAAGAUGAUGGUGGAGUUCUCUCCCAUUUGUUCUAAGACAUCGGUUUGCAAAAGUGCGUCGGAUGUUGUAUUGAACGGUCUGUAGUUGCUUGAUAUCCAAGUAGAAGAGAAAUUGUCUAUGCUUAUCCGGAACAGAUCGGACCUUUUGGGGUGUAAUGGCACACUUCCUCUGUGUGCCUGUAAAAGGAGGGUACACCACCAACCACUGAAAAGCAAGGCAGCUGUGCCCAGAAUUUGUCUCUACAACUUGCUAACAUAAAGGACCUGCCAAUUCCGAAGAAACCUCCUCACCGUACAACUGAUUCCCGAUAUGUCAUGUGUUGAAAAAUCGAAGAAACCUGGUAAGAGGAGUUAUGGGAACCAAGGUACAUCUGUUGCUGGUAAGAGUCAAAACAGCCGACAAUUGUUUUGUUCUCAGGUAGUUGAUUGUUGUUAUUACAAGUAACUGAUUAGUGUUGUUUGUUUUAAGAGAUAAGUGCUUGGUUAUUGAUUUAUGAUAUGUUAUUAACAUACUGGGACUUAAUUAAUAGUGGUAAGAACAAGUACCAUUUCCAAUGAUGGGUUACAAAUGAUAGAUGUUGAUGGCUCGUCGGGUUAUUUUACCUCAUUGUCCGGAGUGCAGCGUCCUCCAUUUUCUGGCAGACUUUCAAUCUCUUUAUUAAGAUGGCCUCAUCCUGUUUACCCGCCUCAUUUCCUGUCGUACCAACAGUUUUGUCAAAUGCAAGGAUUCCCGAUGUAAAUGGGCGGUUACAUGUCUCCUAAUACGACUGUUUCUCAGUCCCUAUAUGUGAUGAGGCCUGCAACUCCGGCAACUAUAACUUAAAAUCCUAACUUUUCUCUGUGAAACCAAAGAGGAGCUUAGCAAUGCAGGCGAGAGAGAAUGUCGCCCCUGUUCAUGGAGCACCCUUUUUUGUAGUUUUAUUAGGUUCUGGGUUCUAAUCUGCUCUUUUGGGGACUUAAAAUCUUUAUGUAGCGUAGACCUAACACCUAACCUCACCGGAAGCGAAGAGCACCCCUUUUGUUUUAAUGGGGUUUAAAGUUGAAGAUGUAAAGCUGAUAUAUAGGCCCAUUUUUUGUACAGAAAUGCUUAUUGAUAUCUUCUGGAAAUAUGUAAUUAUGAAGGUGGGUUUAUUUUGAAAACAACUAUGAUUCCUUUUGAAAUGAACUAUGAUUAAA